UAGCGACACAACCAAGCUUGUCAUGUGUCAGAAUUAACCAAUCAAAAUUAUAAAGAAUCAAGAUCGUAAUAUUACGACAAAAAAAAACAUUUUAAAUUAAUUGCCAUUUUGUUUUCCAGCUAUUUCUAACAACACAUCGUGCCAUCACUGCUUCAGAACAAAUACAGACUGCCAUGCGACAUUAUUAUCCAGGUACAAAUCUGGUUUUCCUGUGUCAUUUUUGUUCAAUUUAAAUUAAACACCACAUAUAACAGUGCAUGUAGGUCUCUUUGUAGCCUGAUUUACCCUUCGGGGAUCUUCUUCGCCUUCUUGGCCGUUGUCUAGCAGUGCGCAUGCUCUGUUGUGUGCUCCCACGGUUGUCCUAUUCCUGGCCUAUCGUAGGAAAAACAGGAGUGGGCGGUCUCUUCGUUGACUCCUUGUCUGCUCAUUUCACGCGUCCUAAGUGGGACUGACCAGCAGGUUCUACACAUAAACUUUAUCCCUACACUGGAAAAAUGGCAUUCCAACUUAGCGUCCCUUAUCCAGUAUUAAUAAACAAUAUUUUCCACCCCUUCAACAAUUAAUUCUAUGAAGUGAGACGCCCAAAUUCUUGAUAAAUACCCAUAUAUCUUACACAUGCAUCACCUUAGUUUCUAUACAUGAAUUUGUGUUUAAAGCCACUGAUUUAAUAAAUAGUUAUUGCAUGGGGUUUUUAUGAAAUCCAGAAUUAUCAAGGUUGAGGUAAGUAUUAUCAGCACAGUCAAGCCGAAGGCGAGUUUGGUAAUACUAUUACUUACCUCAACCUUGACAAUUCUGAUGUCACAAAAACUGAAUUCAAUAACUGUUUUAUUAUACAUUGCAUUUCCAUUAACUCUUUCGACAAACAAUUAAUGUUUUGUCGCACAAAACUUUUGGUUUUCAAAAAAAGCAAUGAAAACGAUUUAAAGUAUCAUAUAAUAACAGCAUAAAAAUAUUAGAAAUCUCAUUUACCUACUAAAGUUCCGAUAAAAAUGCCACUAGAAAGGUCUGCUUUUUGAACAGAAAGCAUUCACAAAAACGCCUUUCGUUCUUGCUAUUUUUCCUUCUUAAUUAAACAGUCGCUUGCCAAAAAUUACAUACCGCGGGCUCAACCUACAUAUAACACAGUAUUUGCUAGAUAACCGAAUUGUGUGUAGGUUGCGUGAUUCCCAUAUUUAGCUGUAAACUACUGGCCAAUCAGUGAAUCAGAAGACACGUGGUGACUACAGUCUACACUGUUUAACAAUUAGUCGCCGAAGGCAAAGUGAUUACAAGCCUAUAUUCACUGAGCCGAAGGCGAAGUGAAUAUAUAGCCUGAGGCGACUAAUUGUUUUGGUAUAAUUUCAGUAUUGAAACAGUUUUAAUAUGUACUAGAUAAAACAUCAGCAGCCGAUCUUUAUCUGAUAUAAAAACUCCAGCCGAUCGAAGGCGAGAGUUUGUAUAUCAAAUAAAGAUCAGAUGCGAAUGUUUUAUCGUGCUUAUCAAAAACGACCCAUCUUAUGAGUUCAUUGGCGAAGUAAUUUUAAAAAUAAACAUCAGUCUAAGCCGAGAAAAUCAAAGCUGAAGUUUAAGUAAAUCAGGACAAAUCUUUAUGCGAUUUACAAACACUGAUUAAACAUUCAUUUCUUUUGAAUUUUCUUUAUGAAUUAUUGAUGAGUUUUAUAAGUAAUAGAUAAAACAUGAGCAGCCGAUCUUUACCUGAUAUUUCACUGUUUUUUUUUACAAAGAGACGCCUGGGUACGAGGCAGAUCUGAUAUACAAACUCGAGCCGAAGGCGAGAGUUUGUAUAUCAGAUACAGAUCGGAUGCGAAUGUUUUAUCGUACUUGAAAAAUGACCCAUAUUAUGAGUUUAUUGGUGAAGUAAUUUUAAAAAUACACAUCGUCUAAGCCGAGAAAAUCAAAGCUGAAGUUUAUGUAAAUCAAGACAAAUCUCUAUCCGAUUUACAAACCUUGAUUAAACAUUCAUUUCUUUUGAAUUUUCUUUAUGAAUUAUUAAUGAAUUUCUUAAUUAUAAAUACAACUAACACACGUGUUCAUUUUAUGAAUAUAAUUCGCAUAAAUAAUUUAUUUCCGUCUGAUUUUCAGCCAUUUUUUUGAGGAGCCAAUCAGAAUGCUCAAAAGCCAUUUUUCAAUACUGAAAUGGUUCAAGUUCGAUAACUGGUCAGAGCGCUGCACGGGUAGGUCUAAUAAUGUAUAAAAUUUACACUUGAAAUUACAUACACUAAAACCCUUCAACAAUUAUGAUGUUAGCAAUAACACUUCUAAUAGAUAGAGUAGUUGGGUUAACGAUCGUAUAAUCCCUUUUUUCCAAUUCCUAGAAAUAAUCACUGAGAAAUAUUUGGAUAUUAAACUCUUGACCAUAUGGUCUCUAAUGUGUACUACAGGCAAAUGAUAGACAAGUGAUGGCAGAACAAACAAUAGCUGUCGGUGUCCAAACCAACAACUCAGUAGUACUAGAGAUCUGUCCAACAAAACUGAGCAGCAACUCAGUAGUACUAGAGAUCUGUCCAACAAAACUGAGCAGCAAGUGGGAAAAAACUUAUCAAAGAAAAACGUGGGAAAAAAUCAUCAAUGCAAUAGAUGGCCUGUAUAAUAGUGGUGGAGGAAUUCUUAUACUGCGUUAUAAUAGAUCUCCACCACGUGGACAUGUGAGAAAGUGCAUGAGAAUGCUCGAGCAGAAGAUUCAAGAUCUCGUAGGACCAAUAACGCUAACGUUUGAUAUUCAUACCGUUGAAAUAACCCCCUCAUCUUCCCAAGCACAUGGUGAGAUCAAAAUAAGCGUGACAACAUCGACUAAAACAGAACACAUAAUCACGUUAAGCUACCACUGCUGUUUACCAAGUAGCCAACAAGUGAUGGAAAUUUUGUCGUCCGAAAAUGUGGAAAAACUCAGAGCGUUCUUGUUGGGGAACAUCAGGCCUCAAGUAACACCGAUUGAAGCAGCUUCGCACCAUUCAGAUUUUAAGAAGGGUAAAUGCGUUUCGUUUUCCGAGUCAAAAACAACACAGUUUAAGAUGUUGAAAGCCGAACCAACGAAAAAAACUACUUUUGCAGAUCGCUUAGUUGGAAAAGGCAAUAAAUUCUCACACUACGUUUCUGCAUUUGCCAAUUACGCUGGUGGGAACAUAUACGUUGGGGUCGCCGAUGACGGGACGGUCAAAGGGGAAGUCAUAAACGAAAGAGAAAAGAAAAAAAUAAAGGACAAGAUCCGCACGGCGAUUGAAAAGAUGCUAUGGCCAAAGAAAAGCGAGCCGACGGAUGGAAACGAGGACAAACGUUGGGAUGUCCAUUUCGAGCCAGUAAUAGAUAUUGAAACUGACAAGGUUGUACCAUCGUUGUACGUGGUUGUGGUCUUCAUAGCUCAAUGCCGAGGCGGUGUAUUCACUGAAGUGCCCGAGUGUUACGAGAUCGUCGAUAAUCAAGUAAAGAAGAUAGAUUUUGCCUCAUGGAAGAAAAGAAUCGAUCCACGUUUGACAAAGGAAGGUUAGUUUUAUAACGAAUAUUCUCCCUUUAUGCAUGUUUAGUUAGGUCACAGAAUAAAGACAUAUGGAAGGUCGCUGGUAACCGCUACCACGCCAGAUUCAUCAGCAAAAUGCUGACGCCGUGGGCUUAGUCAGUGUGCUUUAUAUCAGAGGCAUUACCCCCUAGACGUCCGCCAUUUUGAAUAUUUUCAGGGGGUGAAUGCCUCAUAAACGCGCACAGGCUAGGCCCAUGGUGUCAGUAUUUUGAUGACGAAUUACGGGAACGCCAAAAUCAUAGGAAAAACCAAGAAGUCGGGCUUCUGUGUAUAGUCUAUUCUGUGGCUGGGUACUCUGGUUCCAGAGAUUUAUUACGAGUUACAAACAUUGAUCACUUUUGCCUAGGCAAGUCAAACACAAAACAUUUAUCUGGAUAAGUAUACGAGGUGGAUAGAAAGAAUAGGACCCAUGCAUCUUGGUUAAAUUUAAAUAGUGAAAACAGUUGAAAUGAAUACAAAUCGAGCCGGGGGAAGUAGGUUUGCAUGUACCUGUAUAAUUCGUGAAUACUUUGAAUUAUCCAUUUCGUAAUAUAGGUGCACGUUGUGCCAAUGCCCCGUCCGACUUAGUAUACGAGGAACUGACGAGUCUUCUGAACAACAAUUGCGACGGAGAUGAACUCCACGCAGCGAGCAAAACAGCCCAGGAAAACUACAAAGUCAGCGACGUGAAAUUAACUUGUCUGUCGAAAUAUGUUAGCUUCCACCUAAGAAAAGGCAAAUAUGUCCAGGCUGAAGAACAUCUUAAUGUAUAUACGACGACCCUACCUUCCAGUACCAACCAAACGCGUUUCAAAGUAAUGGAACAAUAUCUUUACUCCAUUAUGGAACGUUGCAAAGGAAACUACCAAGAAAGCCACAAAAUUGCAAAGAAAAGUUUGGAUGAUUUAGAAAAACUUUCAUUUUGCAUCAUAUCCGCAGCGUUUUAUGUUCAAAUUGCUACACUGGAGAACAUUCUGGCAAUGAAAACAAAGGAUCGCACGGACCAGCUUUCUUUAAUAAGCAAGGCGGAAAAAAGUUACGACACCGCAAGUAGUCACUUGAAUCAAAUUCACAAAAGUACCACAAAAGCAGAAUAUCAACAAAAGGUUUAUAUCAACAAAGCCUUGCUUUCCUUGGGUUGCUCCCUCUCCGGCGAUAUGCUACCCGAUUCCGACACGCUCAUAAAUAUCGAAAAGGCGAAGGAAUAUUUACUGGAAACACAAAAAAUCGUCCUUAAAGGUAACCCACUUAGCAAGUUCCGAAAUAUUCAGAAUCUUUUCGCACAAGCCUGUUUGUCUUACAGGCUGGGUAACGACGAUCCAUCUCGACAGGCGGACCAACUGAGACACGCUGUGAACUACAGCAGAGAAGCAGAAAGUUUGGCAAAAAUGUGCGAAUUUGUCGAAAUGAGAACCUACGCCGAAACGUUCAUCAAAUUCUUCGAAAGUAAGAAGGUUAAAUGAACAAUUAAUAACACUUCAAGGUAAACACGAACGUAAUAAUGCAACAGAAGUGAACUCAGGUCGAUCUGUUGAUAACAUAUACAUAUAUUGAUAUAUAUAUAUAUAUAUAAACCAGAUAGACUUUACUUCAGUAUAAAAAUGAAAACAGUAAGUAGAGACUUUUUUUAAGUGGAAACUUUGAUGUAUUACAAAUGACUUCCACCUUAUCAUCAAACAUAAUCAAGAUUACUUCAAAAACUCUUACUAUAUUAGAUCAGUAAAACGUUGGAACAGUUUACCCACCGAGAUCAAGACAAGUUGUACUCUGUAUUCGUUUAAAACACACUUAAUUAACUUAGCAUAUAUCAUAGCAAAUCGAUAACAUACAACCUUCCUAUCCGUCGCUAAUAUUAAGUUUUAUAUAUGUGUGCUAAAUGUUUGUAAAUAUAUAAUAUCAUUAGUGAUGUAAAGUUAUAGGGACUUUCUUGGAGUAUGAGCAACCGAUAUAUUUUGAAUAAAUGUACAUAAACGUGGCGUUUCCUACACAACAAAACAAUUACAAGAUAAAAAGUAUUUGUUAAAUACAUUUCGUUGUUCAAAACAUUAUAUACAAAUUUAAAGAAUUUCUUCAACCGAAUUGCUAAUAUGAAACGCCAAAUAAAGCUUUUAUGAGUAAAAGUCUAGUUUGAAAUGGCUAAUGGUGUAAUUUGUAAUUACCACGACUGUUUAAAUUAUCCCUUUAAAAUAUUCACCAUGUGUAAUCACGAUCAGCAAAAGUAUCCUCUUCUGUCCUUUCAUGCUCACAAUCAUCAGGUACAUUUGUUCCUCUCCAACUCGUCCAAUUAUCCUGUUCACUCCCUUUAUCCUCCUGCUCACCCUCCAUCUCAAUAUCCCAACAUUCAUCCCCGGCAGGAAGGCAAUCCAGUUUAUAAUAUUGGAUAUAAUUGUUGCCAACACCUUCAGAGUCCCAUUUUGUCCCGUUAUGUUCCCCAUCGUCCUCGUCGUCACUAGGCCAUUCAUUUUCAGCCCGUGUGUACUUCACAGCGGUCUGUGUAUCGUUAAGUUCGAGUUUAGGACUAGCUUGUAUAACCGAUCUGAAAACCGAUGAAACACGAAAUGUUUACAUUUAUUUUAACUUCGCUUUGUCCGCAAUAUUAU